CAGCCCCCGAGGGCUGGCCCCACCGGAAUUCGGGUGCCCUGCCCUGUUUGAUAAACUGCUUGAGCUGUGUUUCAUCUGGUCAGGGUGACUGGCCCAGUGCCAACUAGAUAUCGCUAGAUAUCAGAAUAAAGCAGAUAGAUGCUUACUGCUACAAGAUGGGGGUUAACCGGAAUCUCGCCCUUCAGGCAGGUCAGGUCUGUUCAAUAUUUUAGUGAGGGUUCGAAAGAAGGAAGGACAGCUGUGUUUACAAAAUUGGCAGAUGACACCAAACUGGCCAAAACCACUGGCAGGUGGAAGAAGGAAUUUGGAAUCAUCUUACAUUGCUUCAUACGUGAAAUAAUCUAAGAUCACAGAGGCACUUGGCUUCUUGUGGUAUUCUGAUGACCAGAACUUCUCCUUUGCAAGCACCUGUAAUGAGCCAUACUUUUUCAAGAAAUUUCUUCAAUGUUGCCACACCACUAAUAAAUAAAAGAAAAGAAUAUUCUGAAAGAAGAAUAAUAGGGUAUUCCAUGCAGGAAAUGUAUGAAGUUGUUGCUGUUGUGGAGAAUUACAAACUGUUUGUUCCUUGGUGUAAAAAGUCAGACAUACUCUCGAAGCGGUCUGGGUACUGCAAAGCACAGCUAGAAAUAGGAUUCCCUCCUGUAGUAGAGAGAUACACAUCAAUUGUAACCCUAGUGAGACCACAUUUAGUUAAGGCCUCAUGCACAGAUGGAAAACUCUUUAAUCACUUGGAAACAGUGUGGCGUUUGAGCCCUGGUAUCCCUGGUUAUCCAAGGACAUGUACAUUGGAUUUUUCAAUUUCUUUUGAAUUUCGUUCACUUCUACACUCAAAACUUGCUACACUAUUUUUUGACGAAGUUGUAAAGCAGAUGGUUGCUGCCUUUGAAAGAAGAGCAUCCAAACUCCACGGCCCAGAAACCAGCAUCCCUCGGGAGCUGAUGCUGCAUGAAGUUCAUCGGACGUAAAGGGAAACUGUAACAACCUCAGCUAUAAACUUGUUUGUACCAUGCUCCUCCUUUGGGGCAUCUAUUUCUUAUCUGAGCUGUGGGUGUGAUCUUACACUGUGCCAAACACACCUGCUCAGCCAGACAGAUAUAGAAUGUUCAAAAGCUGCAAUCAAGUGCAGCUUAAAGCCUUAUCAGUAACAGACACCUGGCAGCUCCUGUAAUCCAGGCUAUCUCAGGCUGCCGUUAAACGCCAAACGGCUCCUGGAAUCACGGCCCAAGCUCUGCCUUAGCCAAUUCUUAGCCAAGCUCCUGGGGUUUUUCAGCACUGUAACACAUUAACUCAACUUGGUGGGAAUCUAACUUCACAGCAGCAACUCAGACAGCUCUGCCCAAGCAGAGGCCAACUGACACACUGGCUUCCCAGAGAAUGGCAGAGUUUGGCAACCAUUGAGGAGUGGUGCUUUGAAUCCAAAUGAAUGGCAAAGAUAAGUCAGGGGUCUCCAGCUACUCCUGGCAUGACCAGCAACUGCUCUUGCACUUCCCCCUCAUUUUCAGGGAUGAAAUCCAUAAGGAUUACUGUAAUCUGAGUGCAGCAGUCUCAGCUAUAGCCAGUGGUUCGCAGUGGCCUGAUCUGGAAUUUGUAGUACAGUUGGCAGGCUGAACUUGUCCCUUGCCACUCCUUCCGUAACACACUGCACUUUGGUUACCUCCAUCUCAUCUAAUGCAAACAGAACACUUUAAAACAAGUGCUACCUCUUUGAGAACCAGUGCUGUCCUCCCUGGAAGCAGGGAACAAGAGGUCCUGCACUUCCUACAGGCAAGCACAGCCAAGGCCAGCUGUCGUUAUAAAUCAUACAAGAGCACCAAACCUUCAUUCAAGGAUUUUCAGUACCAUACUCCCACUGUGAUAAUGCCAUAUUGAUUAAAUACGUGUGCAGUACUUCUAUUCCUGAAAUACCCUCUUUCCAGUCUCUGAAGAAACCAAGGGAAUAGGGUUGAACAGAUUCCAAAUCCUUACUUUAUACCGCCUUACUUUACCAAAUUUCCUUACUGAAAUUAGGUGAAGCUUCAGGGCAGGUGCUGAAGCUGGUCCUUACUCUGCAGCAUAUAUAAUCCGUAUGGUUACUAGAGAACAGCAUAUUAAAUAACAUAGAAAAGUAUGUUUCAAAAUAAAGACAGCCCUGAAACAGUUUCAGACCAUUUUACUUAAAAAUUAGAAUGUCACACAUCCCAUCUGUAGAAGGAUAGUUCUUAUUAAGAACAGGAAGCUGGGGAAAGCAACAGCUGGAUUAAGGUCAUUUGUACAGAACUGAGAAGUUGUAAAGCAAUUUUGAUUGUUGAGGCAAUCAGAGAUACACAGGUUUGGGCACACCAUUGUUCUAUAGGCUGGGAAGUAGAAAAGACUCUACAUAUACAGUAUUAUCAGUGGUGUCAGAUCAAAGAACACAGAAAGGGGCAAAGCAACAUUUCUAGUACAAAAUAACUAAAUCCUUACCCCUGACCAGAAAGGAGGAAGGUAAGAAUGAAGGCUUCAAGGUGAGGUAACCAGGUACUAUAACUGAGCAAAGAAACAAUUUAAAAACCCCAGAACCCUUUCUGAGCAAAGACUUACCUGUGUGAUGCCCUCAGGGCACUUCCCUUCCCCUGGGACUGUGAAAGGUACACUGGGCCUGUUCCAGCAUGUGAGACCAGAUAGACAGGGCAAAAUAAAGUCAGUGCACGUGCCUUGUUUUCAGAGCAUUGUUUAAUAUUUCAAAGAACUGUAGUGCAGUUCAACUUAGAUAUUUCUUACCAAAAUUAAAGCACUUGCAUUUCUGAGAAACAUUCUAGACAAAUGAAUGUUUCUGGGAGUGAAAUGCCCUGUCAUUUUUUCAAGCAUAAGUGUCAAUUUCUACUAAAUCUUAGAAGCAGCAGCAGGCUGUCCAGGCUCUCCCAUAACUAUGGCUUUGUGUGCAGAUGAAGAAGGUGAUACAUUUUGUAACUUUUGAGCAGUUUAUUACAUAAAGGUCACAUAACUCUAUUUGUCUACUUUGUACACAAUUGUCUAGUCUCACGCACAGUGGCUUCCAAGUUCUUCUGAGUACUGGUAAGCACCAAGAAAUUCUGAAA